AUGGUGUCCCGAAGCGAUGAUUCAAGUUGCAUCAGCCUUCCCCGUGAUUGGUUUGAAGAGGUUGAUCCAAGCAGUGAAGUUGUGACUUCAGAUGAUCAUCAGGACGUGCCUACAAAUGCUGAAGACAGAGAUACCAACAGCUUCGAUAUGCAUGACAUUGGAGCAGUUUUGCCUGUACUGUCUUCUUCUAUCUCUUCAGCUGCUUCAACAAGUACACUGGAUUCUGCCGAGCAAAACUCCCAAACUGCAUUACCAAAUAAGGAGGCUGCCCUAAAUUCUCCUGUUCAGUCUUCUUCUUCUUCAAGGAGUGUGCCACCAAGACAUUUCCCUGAGAUGAUGGCGUAUCAGAUGGGAUGUCUCCGUGCCCUUUUUGAGCCAGACCAGGAGGUUGCCGCUAAACUCUUCCAACAGUCUCAGGAAGCUUUCAAGAAUCACUAUGCUCGUGAUGUCGAGACGGCAUACGCUAGCGGCAGAGGCGACAAUAUCCAUAGUUUUCUGGGUACAGGAAUAAACAGCAGGAACUCAGCUUUUUGUUCCCUUCUUCACCGGAUCAAGUAUCCAGGGAACAAUCCUGUGCGCCUCAUUCAUGUCAAGGGCCACAUUUGUGAUCUCAGUGUCCAUCCAGUGGGAAGCUGUUUCAUAACAAAGCAGCUUGACAUAACAACUACCGGGGAAGUAGUGAUGCUAUAUACUGAAAUGACGCCUCAAGUGUCCACACUGGUCUGUGAUGUGUUCGCCAAUUCUGUUAUCAUGAAGCUUCUUGACUAUGGACCAGAAACCUAUAGAAGCAAGCUCGUCCGCAAUCUUAUCGGACAUGUCUUAGCCCUAAGCCUUCAUCAGCACGGUAGUCAAGUGAUCGAAAAGGUUUUUGAAAUAGGCGUCAUUGACCAACAGAUGGAGAUGGCCAUGGAGCUUAAUAGGAACCUGCUGAAAUGUAAAGUGCUGCAAUUCUCCAAGGAUCCACUAAUUCUGUAUCCGUUUGUGAUGGAGAUUGUCGAACGUGUCAUCGAGCUGUCAACACACGAAUUCGGUAACUAUGUUGUGCAGUACAUUGUGCAGCAUGGAGAGCCUGGCGACCGACAAAUUGUUGUGCAGGAAAUUAUGGGGCAGAUUAUACAUCUGAGCCGCCAAGAGUAUUCUUCAAAUGUCAUCGAGAAGCUCCUAAUUUACGGCAGCUACCAUGAACGCAAGAUUAUCAUAACUGAGAUCCUCUACACGGGGGCUGGUGAUACUGAAGAGCAUAUCCUGGGUAUGAUGGUCAACCAGCACGCCAACAAUGUGGUGCGUGUGAUAAUCAACGUGGCGGAUGUGUGGCAACGCAACAUGGUCGUGGGCGUGGCGAAACGCAACGCUAGCACGCUGGCCAGGUACAUCCAUGGGAGGCGCCUGAUGGCGCAGGUCGAUAAUCUCGUCAGCACGAGGGCAGUGUUCGUCGCACCGCCACCCCGCUUGGCCUAG